AUGUCUCAGGAAGCUGAUGAUUAUAUUCAGUCACACAAGUUGCUGUCCAACUGGAAUGACGAGCUGGAGUACUUGGGAUAUAUCCUUGCGGAAAUUGUGGAUCCACAUGGUCUCGAUGAGCGAGGCUUCGAGUGGCAUCAAGCCGCCGACCUUCCGGCGAUCGAAAAGACAGUAAAGCAAGCAUCUAAAAAGUCGAAUGACCGACUGAGUGCCGUCCUGAGUAAAGCGCGACAGAAAGAGCUUAUACGUCUAAUGCGGGAAUCGAGGGUAAUUCGAAAUGCCGUGGCUCACCAUCACACACCAUGCGAACAAGAAAUGAGAGAGAUGCAGCACACAAAGGACGAGCUCAGUGGUCAGCUGCAAUCAACCAUUGGCUUGAUUGCUUCUAAAUUCAACAUUGACCAUGUCACUAACAGCUUCUUGCUACUGAUUAGCGGCGCUUAG